UUGAUUCCGUUCGCCGACAUUCGCCGUCUAAAGUGCGACAGGUACUUGAAUUAAAAAAAAUUACUUCGCGCCUAAUUCCUAACCGGCUUUCUUUGUCAUAUUGGAAGGAAAUUAUUUGUUCAAUUCUUAUUAUAAGCAUAAAAUAUAACAAACAUGUCAUCGAACGGCGUAACAACGUCUGAGGAGGCCGACAUGGCCGAAUGCGAAGGAGAAAAAGUCGUAACAAUGUUGGACGUAUUGCAAGAACAAGAAGAGUUUGAAGAAGAUGCAAAUGCCGUAUUAGGUGCUUCUGACGAGAAAAACUGCACAUAUCCAAAGGGCUACAUCAAACGUCAGGCCAUCUAUGCUUGCUUAACAUGCUGUGAAGAUGCUAAAACUGAUCCGGCGAAGAGGGCCGGAGUGUGUCUCGCUUGCAGUCUCGCAUGCCAUGAAAACCAUGAGCUCAUUGAAUUAUAUACUAAACGUAAUUUCUGCUGUGAUUGUGGCAAUUCUAAAUUUAACUCUCAUCCCUGUCAAUUUACAACAAACAAAACAGACUUGAAUGAAAAUAAUGAGUAUAAUCAGAAUUUUAGUGGUGUCUACUGUACAUGCCACCGACCUUACCCUGAUCCGGAAGCGACAUUUGAAGAUGAAAUGAUCCAGUGCAUAAUUUGUGAGGAUUGGCUCCAUGCGUCGCAUCUCGAAGCAACAGUUCCAGGGAAUGAUCAUUACUCGGAAAUGAUAUGCAAGGCCUGUAUGGAAAACAUUGAUUUUCUACAUGACUAUAGCAAUUUUGCUGUCAACGUUGAAUGUGAUAUUGAUGUUAUAACUACGAAUGGUGAUACCACCAUGAUUAGCGACAUAACUGUAACUAAUGGAGAGUUAGAUAAAAACAAAACUAUUAAUGACCAAGAUAUUGACAUGACAGAUAGCAAAAUGAAUGACAUUAAUAAAGAUUGUGGUAGUAAUAAAAAAGAAGAAACUACAAGAAAUACUGAAGAUGCUGCAGACAAUGGUGUAAACUCUGAGUUAAAUAAGAAUUCAAGUGAAAAUGAUAAAUGUCUGGAACAAAAUAAUGAUAGUGAUUCCAGAAAUACAGAAAAUAAUACACAAUUCACAGGUGCAGAUGGAGGGACAAGUACCAUUGACCCUGACAGUUUGGAGCAACCAUCUAUGGAUACAGAUGGUAUUUUACAUGAUAAAAUUGAUAAAACCAAAGAUGAAAUUAAUGAAGCUCCUGCAGAACCAAUAAAAUCUGUUUCGGAAGUACAAAAUAUUAGUGAAGUAAACAAUACUGAAAAUACUGAAAACUCUGAGGAUAGUAAUAAACAUGUGAUAUCUGGUAAGAAUUCUGAUAACUCUGGAAGUGAGCUUACAGACAAUGUUUCAAUAGACAACACAGUUACGACUAAUGACAACCAAGAAAUUUCCAAGAAUGUAGAGGAGUCCACUUUGCAAAAUAUUACACACACAGAAAGUAAUGAAUGUAAUUCCAUCGACAGUAAACAAUCAUAUAAUAGUAAUGUGGAUGAUGCAUCUAAGCCAGAGACUGGGAUAGAUACCAACAUUAAUACUGAUAAAUCUCACGUACCACAAAUUACAACAGAAAAAAAACAAGAUGAUAACACUUCUGUUUCAGAAAUCACGAAUAUAGAACAAAAGGAAUUUGAAGUAAAUGUUACAAAAGAAAAAGAAAACACUGACAUAUCUGUCGGAUCAGAAAUUACUGAAAGAAACAAUGAUGAAAUGGACAAGAAUGAUAGUAUCUCAAAAUCUAAUGUAGAAAAUGACAUUGAUAUGAUAGAUACAACAAAUGAAAAGAACCUUUUAAAUGCAAGUACUGAAGUAAAAAAUGAAGCUGAAUCAAGCCAUAAAAUAAAUGAAAUUAAUGAUACUAUUGACCCUUCAGCUAAUAGUUCUUCAAAGGAAAGUAGAGUAGAAAAUAGUGACGAUAAAAAUAAUGACAAUAAAAGAAAGUUAGAUGAAUACUCAUCACAAGAAGGCUCUGCAAAAAAGGCAAAAUUAGAGGAAACCGAAAAAUGUGUCAGACCACGAGGAGUUAAAAGGAUAUAUAAAGGAGCAACAUUUUGGCCGUCUAAUUUCCGACAAAAGUUAUGUACUUGCAGCGAAUGUAUAUCUAUGUACAAAGAUUUGUCUGUACUUUUUUUAAUUGACCCUGAAGACACUGUAACAGCUUACGAAACAUUAGGUAAAGAACGAAAUGAAGGUAAUUCAGUUUCACAAUAUGAAAAGGGCCUAAAAGCUUUAUCAUCUUUAGACCGCAUACAACAAAUAAACGCCUUGACUGAGUAUAACAAAAUGAGAGACAAAUUGUUAGACUUUUUGAAGAGUUUCAAAGAUAAAAAGGAAAUUGUCAAGGAGGAAGAUAUUAAGGCAUUCUUUGCAGGAAUUAAAGCUAAACGCGAACCUGACGGUGUUUACUUCUGUAGAUAAGAUAUCGUAGUUUUAAGAACUUGUCUAUUUUUAUAUCCAGUAUUUUUAUUUAACAGCAUUCCCUGUGCUUAGUUAUUUCUAGGUUCCAGAAUAUUCUUUUAUCCUAUUAUAUGCAUUUUU